CUUCCAAUCUCUAAUACUUCAAAAUCAUAAUUAAAUUUCUUAAAUUAUAUUUAAAUUUUUUGAAGUCAUGCGGUGUAAUUUGAUACAUACCAUCCACGUUUCAUUAGUUACAGAGAGUAUUAUAUCUAUUCUUAUAUAGAUUUAUUUUUACCGUCAUUGGGAAUUUCUUUUGUUGUUGUUGAACCAUUGCAAAUGGUGCUAUUAAAGAGGUGAACUUCAAAUUCCCAGUGGACUAAAUGCGCUUGUUACCACAUGAACUCAAACCUCUCCUAUUGAGAUGUAAACAUAAUGCACUGAUUUCUCAAAUUCACACUCUUAUGGUAGUAUCUGGGCUAUUUUCCAAUGGAAACUCCAUUGCCCAAUUAAUUUCAUCAUAUGGCAAAGUGGGUGAUCUCAAAUCUGCCCACAAAUUGUUUGAUAAAAGUCCCCUGAGGAGAGUAGAUUCUUGGAAUGCUAUGAUCAUUGCCUAUUCAAAAAAUGAGUUCCCUGUUGAGGUUGUAAAUUUUUAUAGUCAAAUGGUUCUUGAAGGUGUCAAACCUGAUAGCUCAACUUUUACUGUGGUACUUAAGGCGUGUACGAUAUUGCAGGAUUUGGAGAAGGGCGAAGAGGUUUGGGAGAAGGUGGUUGAUUGUGGGUAUGAAAAUGAUGUCUUUGUUGGGUCCUCUGUUUUGAACCUGUAUUCGAAAUGUGGGAAGAUGGAUAAAGCAGGAGCUGUAUUUGAGAAAAUGCAGAGGAGGGAUGUUGUUUGUUGGACUACGAUGAUAACGGGUUUUGUACAGAGUGGAAAAGGGAGAGAGGCUGUGGAUUUGUAUAGGAGGAUGCAAAGGGAAGGUAUGGUAGGUGAUGGUGUUGUUAUGUUGGGUUUGAUACAGGCUUCUGCUAAUAUUGCAGACACGAAAUUGGGUUCUUCAGUUCAUGGUUAUAUGAUCCGCCGAUCCCUUAAUAUGGAUGUCAAUGUACUGACUAGCCUUGUUGAUAUGUAUGCUAAGAAUGGAGAGUUGGAGAAAGCUACUCGUGUAUUUCGGAAAAUGCCUUUUAGGAAUACUGUUACUUGGAGUGCUUUGAUUUCUGGCUAUGCUCAAAAUGGCUUUGCUGUUAAUGCUCUUCAACUGCUGAUAGAGAUGCAGCUGCUAGGAUUCACACCUGAUGUAGCUUCACUUGUAAGUGCACUUCUAGCAUGUUCUGACGUUGGCUCUUUGAGAUUGGGUAGAUCAAUUCAUGGCUAUGCUGCCAGGAAAGUCAUUAUAGAUCAAGUUUUAAGUACUGGAUUGAUUGACAUGUAUGCUAAAUGUGGGCUCAUUUCUUGUGCCCGUGCCAUUUACGACUGCAUCAUUUCUAAGGACUUGAUAUGUUGGAAUACGAUUAUAGCAUGCUAUGGGAUCCAUGGGCAUGGAAAAGAGGCACUUACCCUUUUCCAGCAGAUGAAGGAUCAGAUAGAACCAGAUCAUGCAACUUUUGCUGCUCUUCUUUCAGCUUUAAGUCACUCGGGAUUAGUGGAGGAAGGCCGUCAUUGGUUUGAUAUCAUGGUUAAUGAAUACAAGAUUAAACCUUCUGAGAAGCAUUAUGCUUGUUCAGUUGAUCUUUUGGCUCGAGCUGGUGAAGUUGAAGAAGCUAAAGAUCUCAUCACUUCUAUGGAAACUAAACCUGGGCUUGCUGUUUGGGUUGCCCUUCUAUCUGGUUGCCACAAACAUAAGAAAUUUUCCAUUGGAGAAUUGGCAGCAAACAGGGUACUUGAAUUGAUUCCCGAGAACACAGGUACUUUCGUAUUAGUAGCAAAUUUCUUUGCAGCAGCAAAAAUGUGGGAUAAAGCAGCUGCAGUGAGGAAGCUUAUGAAAGAGACAGGGAUGACAAAAGUUCCUGGCUACAGCGCUGUAGAGGUAAAGGGGAGACUCCAUGCUUUUCUUGUGGAUGAUACAAGUCACCCUCAAUAUGAACAGAUAAUGGGACUUCUAUGCAAUCUGGAAAAUGAGAUGAAAGCUAUGGGCUAUGUCCCAAAGACAGACUUUGUGCUGCAGAAUCUUGAAGAAGAUGUCAAAGUGAAAAUGUUGGGUAUUCAUAGUGAGAGACUUGCCAUUGCUUUUGGGCUUUUAAACACCGCACCAGGAACCAGAUUACUUAUCACAAAGAAUCUGAGGGUCUGCGGUGACUGCCAUGAAGUAACAAAGUUUAUCUCUGUUAUAGUAAAAAGAGAGAUUAUUGUAAGGGAUGUUAAGCGAUUUCAUCACUUUAAGGAUGGAACAUGUUCCUGUGGUGACUACUGGUGAAACAUGUAAAAGCUCUAUCUAUAAUCCUGUUAGAUACUGGAUAAAAACUAAGAAUACGACGAAAAUGUAUUUGUUGCUG